AAAGUUGGACUCGACCUUUUUUUGCAACCCGGUUCCGUUACGCUGACAAUAGUUUUUUUUUUUUUUUUUUUUUAACCCUCCAAUUCCGUCGGUGGUUCAGCAGCAUGGCUAAUCGUCGGUGGGAGCUGCCACCGGGAAUUGCGCUGCUGAUGCUUGCUUUACUGCCGGGAGGAGAGGGGGCUCGCGGUAAUGAGAUCAGUCCGGAAAAGACCCUAGUUUGGGGAGUGGGGCUGCGAUCUGAGGUCGUGCUGCCGGUUCGUUACUUCUUCAUCCAGGCGGUUAAUACAGCCGGAGAAAACUUCACCCUGUCGCCAGGAAAGAAUCCCUUUACUGUGAAAAUAAGUUCUCUGUCCUCAGAACAUCUCAGGGUUCAUGCACCUGCCCCCUUGGACCGUAACGAUGGAUCGUAUUUGAUGAGGUAUCGUUUGUAUGGAAGUACGGAAGAGGGACUCAAAAUUGAAAUACUGUAUGGGGAAAAACAUGUUGCUCAAUCACCAUACAUUUUAAAAGGCCCUGUAUAUCAUGAGUACUGUGACUGUCCAGAUGUGGACUUUGCUCACUGGCAGGCAUCUAUGUCUUGUCCAUCUGAGGAUCUUCAGAUCAGCAGAGACUUCAGUGUUUUUCCCCAUGUUGACUUGAAACAAAUGUUGAGGGAAGUACCAGUCAGAUUUGGACCAAGAACUGGUAUCAUUCACUACACAAUUCUUAAUAACAAAAUCUACCGACGCACCCUGGGGAAGUACACAGACUUUAAGAUGUUUUCUGAUGAAAUGCUGCUUUCUUUGACAAGAAAGGUUCAUUUGCCUGACUUUGAGUUUUACCUAAAUGUCGGGGACUGGCCAGUGGAGAGUCGGCAGUUCAAUGAAACACCAGGACCAGUUCCCAUUCUUUCAUGGUGUGGCUCUGCAGCCACUAGAGAUAUUGUCCUCCCAACAUAUGACGUCACGCACUCGACACUGGAAACUCUACGAGGCGUCUCCAAUGAUCUGCUUUCUAUUCAAGGAAAUACAGGCCCAGCUUGGGGAAGUAAAACAGACAAGGCCUUUUUCCGAGGCCGGGACAGCCGUGAAGAUCGUCUCAGAUUAGUAAACAUUUCCAAAGAGCACCCAGAGUUACUUGAUGCUGGUAUAACUGGAUACUUCUUCUUUAAAGAGAAGGAAAAGGACCUGGGGAAGGCCAGCGUUAUUGGCUUUUUUGAUUUUUUUAAGUAUAAAUACCAGGUGAAUGUGGAUGGUACAGUGGCAGCUUAUCGGUUCCCUUACCUAAUGCUGGGAAACUCUCUCAUUCUCAAGCAAGAAUCGUCUUACUAUGAGAAUUUCUACAUUCACUUAAAAGCAGGAAAGCACUAUGUCGCAUUGAGGGAAGAUCUGUCGGACCUCAUUGAAAAGAUAAAGUGGGCCAAGCAAAAUGAUGCCAAAGCACAGACCAUUGCAAGAGAGGGGCAGGUUUCUGCUCGGGAGCUUCUGCAGCCAAGCCGCUUGUACUGUUACUAUUCCAUGGUCUUCCAGAUGUAUGCAGAGCGUCAAACCUCCAAGCCAGAGAUUCGGCAAGGAAUGGAACUUGUUCAACAGCCAACAGAUUAUUCAUCUUUUUGCAGCUGCCACAGAAAGAAUGAAAGGGAUGAGCUGUAAUAAAAGUCCUUGAAUAUUACAGAACUCAAGUACUGUAUGGGCUGAUCGUGACAGUGGUCAAUGGUUAAUAACAAAUAACACCAGGAAACAUUCCAAAAUCCUUACAUCUAAAAAAAAAAGUGGAGUAUGUGAUUUUAAAACAUUUUUCAAUCAGCACUGCAGAUGUAUUACAAUUGUGAAGGCUGAACAUUGUAAGCCUCUCUUUAUACUGUAAUGAUGUCAGUAUUUAUUACAAUGUACUGUAUUUCUGUGUGUACUACUUGAACAAAACAGUUAAUGUUCCAUGUGGGAACUUUUCUACUUUUACAUUUACUUUAUUGUUUAUGGUUAUAAAAUUUCACUUUAUAAAGAAUGUAUGACAGAACAAAAUAUUACAGCCUUUUAAGAAGUAUUUUAAUU